CCCUGUGGUGCUGGCUACUCUGUAGCAUCCGACAGUAGAUGGCUGUAUAACCUUAAAACAUAGUACUCCAAAAGAAGCCGGCAAAGCUACAUUUUUUUUUUUUUAUAUAAAAAACCUUCCGCAGUCGUUCUCGAAGCAAUUGUAAGAAGUCAACCAGACACCUAUUUCCAUAAUCUAAUCCAUUAACAAGAAAAAUAAUUGUGCACAACGAAAUACAUACAUACAAGCAUCGUCGCCAUGAACAACCAGUCCAAGUUCAAGAUUAUCGAGGAUGCAGUACGCAUUGGGGGCAAGGGUUCGAUGCGCCGCAAGCGCAAGCGCGUCCCGGCCGCCGCGCCCUUGGAGGCGAAGCGUCUGCAGGCCUCAUUGGAAAAGCUCUCGAUCUACCAGAUGCCGGGCAUCGAGCAGUUGACAUUCUCCAUGGACGACAAGUCCGAGCGGGUGAUCCGCAUGCCCCAUGUACAGGGGGACACGGGAAGUAACCUGCUCGUGAUCAGUGGCACACCCAAGUACGUGGCUGCUCCCUACCAAAAGGAGCCGGCAAAGCCACCGCGUCGGUCGCCGCCACCACCGCCACCGCCGUCGCCAGCUUUCUCCAAUACUAAGUCCGUCAAGAAGCCAAAGAAGUCCCGGAACCGCAUCCGGUUGCGCAACAAGUGCAUCCGGGAGCUGCUAACGGCAGGUGCUGGCGAUGCCGGUGAGAACAUUGACCUGGGAUCGGCAGACGAUUUGUUGGACAGCCCCAGAUACUUUGGGGUCGGUGGCGGAGAUGACGAUUCCGAUAAAACCACGGUACCGUCCGCCGGUUCAGACAUGGAUCAGACCAUUGUGGGUGACGAUUUCCUGAAUGAGUUCGAUGUGGGCGAAGAGAAGGAUAGCGAUGAACCGCAAACCGGGAGCGAGGAAAAUGACAAUGAUCAGGAUGACGACGACGAUAUUGACUGCGAGAACGAGGACUUUCAGUUGACCGUCGACGACAUGCUGUCAUGCCUGGAGGAGAACUGAGGAAACCCAGGCUAACACCGCACAAGCAAAGUACUUUAUACGUAAAAAUUCCACAGAAUGACACAAAUUUUCAUAUAUUUCUUUAUAUUUUUACGCUUUGGUUUACCCAAUUACUGAGUAAAUA